AGCAUCAGCAUGUCUAAAGGUGCAGGUGGCAGCGUGGAUUUUGGGAUGCUUAAGGUCCUGGAUGAUGCAAAGCAAGUGCUGACUCUGAAGAACCAAGGGAAGUACGAGAUUGCGUGCAGUUUCAAGCUGGAAACCGUGGAUACCGACAUACGCGACUUGGCAUCCCACUUCAGUCUCCAGCCGCAGAAGGGCAUGCUGACUGCCUCCGGGCACCCCGUGCAGGUCCGGCUGCUCUUCCACCCCAAGAUGGAAAUGAACAUUGAGGACAAACCCAUCCUGCAGUGCCAGGUGAUUGAGCCCAGCAUCUGUGAAGGAGGUGAGACCAUUGCCAUCGUCCCAGUAAGGGUGACAGCGAAAGCCCUGUUCAGCAAGUCCAGCACUUACCCUGCCUCGCUCAUCAACUUCAGUGCCAUGAUGAACGGCAAGAGGAAAAUCUGCACCUUCUAUCGCAAGCCGAGUCCUAAAGCCCGGGGUUAA